CAAUUGCUUUGAAUUACAAAAGAACAAACUCAUCUGGAAUGGCGACUUAAGCGAAUUAAAGUCCUACGUCGCAGAAAAGUUAAACAUAAAUGGUAAAUGGAAAAUAAAAAAAUCACCGUCAGGUGGACGCUGGUUAUUUACUAGCGAUGCUUUGUCUAUAACCUGGUAUUGUAAAAGCAAAACUGUCUUAUUUCAAGGUCCUCGUGGCAGCGAAGUGGCUGACUCUUUGAAGAAAAAUAUCGAUGCAUCGCGAAUUGCAAUAGUGAAAGAUGCCGAGCUAAACAUUGCUAGUACCCCUGCUGUUUCCGAAAGACGGAAUGAAUCUAUCGAUAACCAGUGUAGUCUCAGUAUUAACAAUUCUAACUCGAACAUGUUUGAUAGAUCUAGUAAUACCACAACAACUAUCAACCGAAACGACUCGGAUGCUAGCGAAGGAAAAGCAAAUGAGCAAGAAAUGUGUUCACACAAGCAGAACGAAGGCGAUUAUAUAAUGAAUUGCAAAGACUGUAGUAAAUUAUCUGUAGAAGUAGCAGAAAUUAAAUUGGACUUGGCAUUAUUAUUCCUAAAAGUUAAUACUGCUGAAGUUCCCGCUACAUGUGAAUGCAAUCGGCUACGAAGCGAAAAUCAGCUAUUGAAACAAGAAAUUAAAUUACUCAAGGAAACGCUGCACGGCAUGGAAUUGUCAAAAUCGACAAUUAUAUUAGCAUCGCUAUCGAUAAUAUGA